AAUAGAAAAUGAUUCUUAUGUGAAUGCUACCGACCAAUAACAUGACUUUAUUGGGGGCAAUUCCAUAAUUCAACACCAAAAAUUUAUUCCCAAGCAAAAUAUCUUCAGUCGCUGUUCUUAUAUGAAAUAAAGCAUCAACUGCUCUCUCCCUCUCUCUAUACUUUUCUUAUCCUCAAAACUUGAAAAUGCCUUCUGCAGGUCUUCUUUCAUAUACUCCCCCAGCUUCAACCAUCAUCACACCUUCAAACCUAAACCCUAAUCAAGCUCAACUUACGUUCCUGUUCUGCUCUCCAAGCCCACCACCUAGAUCUCUCCAUCAUGGAUCUCUUUACAAGUCCUGCAGGGCUUCAUCAUCAUCAUCAUCUUCUUCGUCUUCUUCCAUUACAGACUUUGAUCUCUACGAUCUUCUUGGCAUCGACAGCACAUCGAAUCUAUCACAAAUAAAGGACGCUUACCGUUCGUUGCAGAAGCGGUGCCACCCGGACAUUGCUGGUCCGGCCGGCCAUGACAUGGCCAUCAUUCUCAACGAGGCUUAUGCUGUUCUCUCCGAUUCCAAUUCACGUUUCAUCUACGACAAGGAACAAUCGAAAAUGGAAGAAUUUAGAGGGUACACAGGGAAGCCACUCUACUCAACAUGGUUUGGAUCGGAGACGGAAGAACGUGCAGUGUUCGUCGAUGAAUUAAAGUGUGUUGGCUGCUUAAAAUGUGCCCUACUUGCCCAGAAGACGUUCGCCAUUGAAUCAGCUUAUGGUCGGGCACGGGUUGUGGGGCAAUGGGCUGACCCGGAAGACACUAUCCAGGAAGCUAUUGAGGCUUGUCCUGUUAAUUGCAUCUGGACUGUGGAGAGGUCUAACUUGGCAGCCUUGGAAUUCCUAAUGUCCAAGCAGCCACGUGGCAAUGUCAGAAUGAGUAUUGGAAAUACUGGUGGAACACGAGUGGCUGAUGUAUUAACUGAUGUGGAGAAGUUUCAAUCCAGAUAUGUUGAUGCCAAAAGAAAAGCUGCCAAGUCUGAUUCAAAGGAUUCAGACCUCCAAAGAGAAGCUAGAAUGUCCGCCAUUCACUCCAUUAGAUCAUUCUCAAAUUGGUGGUACUGGACAUCACCUAAAGAUGCCGGAGAAUUGGAAACCUGCCGGAAUUUAAUUCCGGUAACAAAAAAGUCCACUACUUUACCAGGUACAGCCAAGCUUAGAGAAGCAGUUGCUGCAAAGAAACAAGCUGCAACAGAGAAAAUUGGAUCCUCCUUGUCUAACAGUAGUUACAGCCUAAAUCAUGAUGAGUACUGGAAACCAUCACCCCUAAUACUUCCUGCUGCUACAACAACUGAUCAGAGCUCUGAUUCUAAUUCAACUUCAGGGCCUAGACCUAAGACAAGGACAAAGGUCAAUGAAGAAGAAGAGAAGUAUGAGGCAGACUAUCGAAGGGAUCCCAUCCGGUGGAGGAUUCCGGUGGCAAUGGCAACUGUUGGGGCAGUUAUAGUACGGUGGCAACUCGGAGAUCAAGGGUCAAGUGGAAGUGGUGGGUUGAAAGAUCACAUAGGUGGUUCAAUGGUGUUAGAGAUUGUUAAUAGUUCUUGGUUACAAGUCACUUUGGCUGGAGUCACUUGGUAUCUCAUUGGUAUGGCAAUGGUAGAAUUGGUGGAUGCUCUUAGAAUCAUGGGCAAGAAUGCUGGAAAUAGAUCAGAAAGAUAAAUUGUAUAUCACAUAUAACAAUUCAAACUAUUGAUACUAUUUGUAUAGAUUAUAUUUUGGUUUUCA